UUUUCCAAGGAUCUGCAUCUUCUAAUCUGUAGCUGUUAGAUGGGACAGACAAGGAAAGGCUGAAACAAGUAAGAGUCAUCUAACAAGAGAAGAGGAGGAAAGGCAAACUUGGUAGAAUCAGGAAUGAAGUAUCCAGCUCUCCAAAGUAAGUCUCUGUUGGACAUGGAUGUUGCAAACUACUGUGAAGGCCUGGAUCCAUCUUACAGCACACUGGGCUUUGAGAACGCAGAAGUACUCUAUGGAGGAGGGGACGGUAUGCCGACAGAGCCGAGCCAUCCCGGUGCAGAUGGGCUGAGCAGUAACUGUGCUAUUUGUGGAGAUAAAGCUACAGGAAAACACUAUGGGGCCUCCAGCUGUGACGGCUGCAAAGGCUUCUUCAGGCGCUCUAUACGCAAGAGCCAUGUGUACACAUGCAGAUUCAGUAGACAGUGCAUUGUGGAUAAGGACAAAAGGAACCAGUGUCGCUUCUGCAGACUCAACAAAUGCUUCAGAGCUGGCAUGAAGAAAGAAGCUGUACAGAAUGAAAGAGAUCGAAUCAGCUCUCGAAGGAGUAUUCCUGACUCCCAAGACCUUCCUCCUAUCACUAUUCUGGCACAGGCAGAGUCCUUAUCCCAACAGAUCACUACUCCAGUGGCACUAACAGACACAUCGGAGCUGAAGUCAGCAUCUGUAGCGGAUGUGUGCGAUUCUAUGCGGCAGCAAUUGUUGGUUUUGGUAGAAUGGGCUAAAUAUAUUCCUGCCUUUGGGGAGCUGCCACUGGAUGACCAGGUGAGCUUACUCAGAGCUCAUGCAGGUGAACACCUCUUGCUUGGAGUCGCAAAAAGGUCAAUGCGAUUCAAGGACCUACUUCUUUUGGGUAAUGGCUGCAUCAUACACAGGAACAGCCCUGAGCCUGAGAUUUGUCGGGUCGCCAACAGAGCCCUGGAUGAGCUGGUCGUACCUUUCCAAGAUAUCCAAAUAGAUGACAAUGAGUAUGCAGCUCUCAAAGCAAUUGUCUUCUUUGACCCAGAUGCCAAGUCUUUGCGAAACCCCUCAAAGAUUAAGGCCAUGCGUUUGCAGGUUCAGAUGAGUCUAGAAGACUACAUUAAUGACCGUCAGUAUGACUCCAGGGGUCGUUUUGGAGAGCUCCUACUUCUGCUGCCAACCCUGCAGAGCAUUACCUGGCAGAUGAUUGAACAGCUCCAGUUCAUUAAGCUCUGCGGCCUGGCCAAGAUAGACAACCUCCUACAUGAAAUGCUGCUGGGAGGACUUGCAUCAGAACAAUCACACCUGCACCACCAGGGACACACCCAGCUGGCUCAGGAUCCUGUGACUGGGCACACGCUAGUCAUUAGCACCGUGCCCGUCCUUCACGCUCCACAAAUAGCUUCCCCAGACACUCCCAUCCCAUCACCCCCACAGGUUCCUGCCUCAGAAAUGUUCAAACCCUUUCCACAGCCUCUGUGUCCUCCAACCAGCCCGUCGCCGUCCACACAGACAGAUCCCUGAUCAACCACAUUUGUUUUCUGUUUAUUACACCAGUAUGAAAUGAAUGAAGCACCCUAUGAUAUGUGUGUUUACUUUAACUUUGCCUUGUAUCUUUUGUAAAAAUGUACAGCACUGAUGCUGUUGCUGCAACAACAACCUGAGAACAAUUAUUGCAGCUAUCUUUAACAUUUGGAGGUCACCAGCACACAUUUGUCAAGAAAUAAUUGAAAAAUCAACAGGAUAUACUAAAAAGGUGUAAGCUUUACUAUUACUGCAGAUUUUAUCAUCAUCAAGAAUGAUGUGCAUGUCUUUGCACAUGUUGUUUUCAAUGAGGGCACUGCAAUAGCUCUAGCACCCAAUGGUCAGUUCAGUAACUACAUUUGGUUAGAUUGUAGAGUUGAUUCCUGAGCUCCAUCAAACAAGUGCAUGCACACAUGCCCCCCCCCCCCCCCCACACACACACACACACACACCCACACACAAACAAAAGGAGAAACAUUCAUAUGAGUUUUUUCAAUAAAUAUUUGGUCUUUCUCCAGCUAUUAAACUCACUUGCCAGGAACAAAUAUAGUAUGAAUGUGCACUUAGUUCAAAGUUCUUUUGUUUUGUAAAACAGAAAGGCAAUAGGCAAACAGAACGAAUACCUGCAACAGUUUGCCCUGUUGGUCUGACAUGACCUGACCAUCAGCCAAAUCUGGGGUCAAAGCUGCUUGGUUGGUGGAGUGGGGAGGAAAACCAUGUGAAGAUCUAUAGGAUUAGGCUGCCUGAUUGGUGCUUUGUAAAUUUACACCAAUUUAUAAUAAACACAAAUUAUACAAGGGGUCGUCCUUAGCAAUUUAGGGGGAAAAAAGUGUCUGGCAUUUGAGCGCCUCCUUUUAAAGGAGAAUGAGUUUAUUUCAUAACUAUAUAGAAAAGUUUUUCAAAGAAACUUGAAAACUCAGAUUGAGAUACCUCAGAUGUUGAACAAAAAACAUAUUUAAGUCACCACCAAGUCUGAAGUUAUAAUUUUAUUAAUUUACUAAUAAUUUAACCUAAGUAGUCAGACUAUCUUUCUCUGUUUUAUCUGUUAUUAUAAAAGGUGAUUCAUUUGCAUAUAAUGCAUUCUUUGAAUAGUUUCUGAUAUAUCUGCUCUUUGUGUAUGCAGGAAAAAUACAAAUUUCAGUCAUUUGUGUAAAAAAAGGGGAUUUAAGUUUUUUUUAAAGGAACAGAAUGUGUGUGCUUUUUUAAAUUUAUGGUUAGUCUAUAAUAAGUCAAUGUUAUGGCAUUGAUGUGUGGACAUUUCUUUCUUAAAAAUGUCUAUGUUUCAACAGUUUAUCAAGUAAUAAAAUUUGAAAAUAUGUCAAAUCAAACAAAAGGAUGUGGAAUCAUAGAUUCCACAGGAAAACCUGGCAACCUGUAAGUAAAAAAAUUAAACCUUAAAUCAACAUGUUCAACUGAAUAUAAUACUAAUUUGCUCAAAAGUAAUUUUGGGGUUUGAAUUUUUUUUUAACUUUAAAUAAUCCUAAUAUAAAGCAGGUAUGAAAACUUAUUGUAAAAAAAAGUCUUGAACUUAUUUAACUUUUGAAGUGUAAAUUGCAUAAAUAUCAGUGAUUCUGUUGUCAACCUUCUGUAAUAACUUACUUUAAUCAAGUACAUUUUAUGGUUCAAUAAACAAUGUGUGCAUUGCUUUAAGUCA